AUGACGACUAAGCAGGUUCUGUCUCUUCUUCCUCUUCUCUUCAGCGCGGGCUGGUCAUCCCCGGCGCCGUUCCCUCCUAAGGGAGGUUACCCCGGCGGUUUCCCGUCUCCAGAUGGCAAGCCAGGCUUUGCGCCUUCCGGAGCCGUCCCGUCGUUUCCUCAGGAGUCUGGUGUCGCGACCCCGGUCAACAACGCCCUCAAGCCUGCCGCCAGCACAACCCCAGGCAAGGGGGGCAACAACACAGGCGGCGGCCCGACCCUCCCCGCCGGCUACGCAAAGAUCGUCUUCGAGGACGACUUCUCGACGCAAAAGGCCGGCGCCCUGCCUGACUCGUCAAAGUGGACCUUUGACGUUGGCACUGGCUACCCCGGCGGCGCCACCAACUGGGGCACGAACGAGAUCCAGACGUACACCAAGGACACCAAGAACAUUGCCAUCUCGGAGAGUGGCACCCUAACCAUCACGCCCAUCAAGACCGGCGAGGCGUGGACCUCAUCUCGUAUCGAGACCAACGCCGCGUCGGACUUCACUUGCCCGGCUAAGGGCAAGCUGCGCAUGGAGGCAAGCAUCAUGAUUCCGGCUUCGAACCCGGCAACGCAGUCCGGUAUCUGGCCCGCCUUCUGGUCCAUGGGCUCCGCCUUCCGCACGAACGUCACCUCGUGGCCCAGCGUCGGCGAGAUCGACAUGCUCGAGGUCUCCAAUGGUGUCGGCACGGUCUUCCAGACGGCUCACUGCGGUGUCAUCAACGGCGGCCCAUGCAACGAGAAGACCGGUCUCAGCUCCAGCGCCGAGUUCCCGCGUGGCGAGUUUGUCAAGAUUGCCUGCGAGGUUGAUCGGUCUGCCGGCGGCGGUUUCGCCACUGAGAAGCUUGUGUGGUACCUCAACGACAAGGUGACCAAGACCAUCACGGGCCAGGAGAUUGGCGACGAGGCUGUGUGGAAGAAUCUUGCUCAGACCCCCAAGAUGAUCCUGCUCAACGUCGCUAUCGGUGGCGAGUUCCCUGAUGCCAAGGCUGGUACCAAGACGCCCAAUGCUCAGACUGUCGGCGGCAAGGAUUCCCGUAUGGAGGUCAAGUACGUUGCUGUCUACAGCACUUAG